CUUUUGGCUUUGGGUGCAAUUCUUUAACAGAACUCCCUGAAGACACAGAAUUCCUGGAAGCCAUAACCAGUGCUUUGAGAGCUCUCUUACAAACAAUGGCAUCAAAGAACAUCUCCCAGUGUAUGACUCCUGAGCAGCUCCUGGCUUUAUGUGAAGCGAGUAUUCACAGCAGCAAUGCCAGUGUGAGAGUGAAUGUAGUGAGCAUCCUUGGAAUUUCUGGCAGCGUCUUGGCCAAAGUACAAGAUACAGCUGAAACACUAAAGAUGAUUGGAAAAUUUCUUCUUGAGGUGGCUAUGAAGGAGUCUUCUCUUGUGGUAGCAGGGGAAGCCUUGGAUGCCCUUUUUGAUGUAUUUGCAGAUGGUAAAGAAGCAGAAAAAGCAGCAGUACAGAUGAAGUUGCUUCCAGCACUGAAAGAAUUUCAGCCAGUGUUCAAAAUGAGGAUACGAAAAGAAGGCAAAGGACAAUAUAGUACAGAUCAACUUUGUGUUCUUGACAACGUGAAGAUGAAUUUGAGAAGAUUCAUUGCAUAUCAGGAGACAUUAGGCAAAAACCCCACUUGAAACAUCGAGGAACUUUAAGGUUUCUGUAUCAAAAAAUAUUUUCCAAAAAUAUACUAAAAUGUAUUGAAAAACAGUUUUGCUGUCAUGUUAAUAUUAGGAUUUUUAAUGUUCAGUAUUUUAUACUUCUGGGAUGAUGCAAUGUGGAAGUCCAGUAAAAGGAAGUGCGUAAAAAUGCAUAGCAUAUUUUGAGUUUAAAUGUUAGCAGAGAUGAUAAGUGCUCUUGCAGUCCUGAGAUCAGCAAAUAGCACCACUGUCAUUGUUAGAAACCUUCAUGUAUCCUGGCAGAAAACUACAAUUGCAUGACAAAGUAAUUUAAAGAAUAUUCUCAGUUAUGUGCCAGAUCAAGGCAGGGAGGCUCAAAGUAUUUUGAGGGAAUUAAGCAGUGACAGGAUGUUGAUAUUUGCUGUUUGCCUUUACCUGUUUGUAGCUUUGCACAGGCACUUACGGCAAGCUUCCCAAGAAGAGUGUGUGAUAAGUGUGUAGAUUACUGUCAGCACCUGGACCUGUUACUUCUUGAGGUUUGUCACAGAGGAAACUGUUUCAGAUUCAUUUUUGACAAAUUUGGUAUUAUGGCUUUUUACUAUAGAAAUCAGUCUUGAAAGGUGCUGCUCCAUCUUUGUGAUUUGAUUGCUAUUUCUGAGAAUCAAGUCUCCCAGUUUAUAUUCUUCCUUGUAAUUCUGCAUCUGGGUGAAUCUGAAUUCAGCAAAGUAUGAACCUAAUAAAAUAUUUUUAUACUGAAGUA